AUGAAUAAUCCGGAUAUUAUUCAUCAAGUAUUAAACUUUUUAAACGAUGGUUCCGAGGAGAUGAUCAAAGAUUACAUGUUGGUUUCUUCCGAGUGGAUGAAGGCUGUUCGUAAUUUAGAUUUAUUUAUUGCAGUUUAUCGGAAGAAUAUAAAGAAGGAACAAGUAGAAUUAAUGAUGAAAAGUACUUGUUUGAAGAAUUUGACCAAGUUGACUAUUAAAUUUACUGAUUUGGAUGGGGUAAAGGCAUUUUGUGAUAAUUUUGCCUUCGAUAGAUUGACUAGCUUGGCUGUGAACGAUAGUAAACUUGGAGUUGAAGGCGCCAAGUUGAUUGCACAAUGUCAAAAAUUGAGUAAUUUGAAAGAGUUGAAUGUUAGUGUGUGUGAUUUGCAUUGUGAAGGUGCUCAAGUGAUUGUUUCAAGUCCAGUGUUUAGCAAAUUGACUAGUUUGGAUCUGGGUUGGAAUCAGAUUAAAGAUGAAGGCAUAAAAUCAUUGGCAAUGAGUGAACACAUGUCUAACUUGACUCAAUUAGACCUCUAUCUCAAUCUAUUUGGAGGAGAUGGCUUAUCAGCAAUGGCUACUAGUCCAUACCUGACUAAUCUUACGGAUCUGAAAAUGGCAGAGCUAUUUCUUGGUGAAGGAAUUGAUUCAAUUUGUGAUGGUAAAUCCCUUUCUAAUCUAACGAGAUUGGAUUUGACAGAAAAUGAUUUAUAUGAAGGUGCCAUUACUGCUUUGAAUAAGAGCUUGACAAAGAUUACUGAUCUCAAUUUAACUAAGAAUAAUAUUGGAGAUGAGGGAAUUGAAAUAUUGGCCAACAGCAAGUUUGCAUCCACUUUGAAAGUGCUCAAUAUUACUGACAAUGUCCUCAACCCAGCAUCUUUUAAAGCAAUUUCAAAUUCUCAAUUCCUUUCCAAUUUGGAAGUAUUGAAUGCCUCCUCGAAUUUCAGAGUAAAGGAUGAAGGAGCCAAACUCAUUGCCAACAGUCCAACACUUUCAAAUUUGACUGAACUCAUUUUGGAGGAUGACAGUAUUGGAACUGAGGGAGCUUGCGCAAUUGCCAAUAGUCAGUAUUUGACUAAACUGAAGAAAUUGAAUCUUUCAUUUAAUAAGAUUGAUGAGGAAGGUGUGAAGGCAAUUCAAAACAUGAAUAUCCAAGCCAAAGUCGGUAACGACAAAGCUAAGGGUUGUCCACAGCAAUAA